AAGAGCGAGCACAGAAAGAGAAAGAGCGAGCACACGAAAGAGAGCGAGACACAGAGAAGAGCCCGAGAGAGAGAGCCCGAAGAACGAGCGCCCGAGGGAAAGGACGAGCGCCCCGAGGAAAAGAGAGCAAAGGGCCCGAGGGAAAGAGAGCAAGGGCCCGAGGGAGGGAGAAGAGAAAGCGGCGAGCAGAGAAAGAGAGCGAGCACAGAGAGAGAGAGAGAGAGAGAGAGAGAGCGAGAGAGAGAGAUAGCCCUGAGAGAGAGUCCUGAGAGAAAGUGA